CCCAAAUCUGGCCCUGACCCCAAAUCCAACCCCAAAUCUGAUGCUGACCCCAAACCCAAAUUCAACCCCAAAUCUGGCCUUGACCCCAAAUCCGGCCCCAAAUCUGACCCCAAACCCAAAUCUGACCCCAAAUCCAGCCCCAAAUCUGGCCCUGACCCCAAAUCUGGCCCUGACCCUAAAUCCCGCCUCAAACCCAAAUCUGAUGCUGACCCCAAACCCAAAUUCAACCCCAAAUCUGGCCCUGACCUCAAAUCUGACCCCAAAUCUGACCCCAAACCCAAAUCUGACCCUGACUCCAAAUCCUGCCUCAAACCCAAAUCUGACCCCAAAUCUGGCCCCGACUCCAAAUCGGACCCCAAAUCCAAUCUCAAAUCCGACCCUGACCCCAAAUCUGACCCCAAAUCCAGCCCCAACCCCAAAUCUGGCCCUGACCCCAAAACCAAAUCUGACCCCAAAUCAGAUCUCAAAUCUGGCCCUGACCCCAAAACUAAAUCAGACCCCAAAUUUGACCCCAAAUCCGACCUCAACCCCAAAUCCGGCCCCAACCCCAAAUCCAGCCCUGACUUCGAAUCUGGCCCAGACUCUAAAUCUGACCCCAAAUCCUGCCCCGACCCCAAAUCCUUCCCUGACCCCAAACCUAAAUCAGACCCAAAAUCCAGCCCCAAAUUUUCCCCGGACCCCAAAUCCUGCCCCGACCUCAAAUUCGACCCCAAAUCCUGCCCGGACCCCAAAUGCGGCCCUGACCCCAAGCCCAAAUUCAACCCCAAAUCUGGUCCUGACCCCAAAUCAGAUCUCAAAUCCGGCCCUGACCCCAAAUCUGACCCUGACACCAAAUCUGACUCCAAAACCAAUCUCAAAUCCAGCCCUGACCCCAAAUCCAGCCCCGACCCUAAAUCCAGGCCUAAGUUUUCCCCUGACCCCAAAUCCUGCCCCAACCUCAAAUCCGACCCCAAAUCCUGCCUUGACCUCAAAUCCUGCCCUGACCCCCAAAUCUGGCCCUGGCCCCGACCCCAAACCCAAAUCAGACCCCCAAACCCAGCCCCAAAUCUUCCUCCAACCCCAAAUCCCGCCCCGGCCCCGAAUCUGCCACUGACCCCAAAUCCGACCCCAAAUCCACCCCCAACCCCAAAUCCCCUGGCAAGGUUUGGGGUGGAUUUUGGGAUUGGGUCCAGGACGCGUUUUGGGGCGGGGUCCGGGUCCUAGGGCGGGGUUGGGGCGAAUUUUGGGGUGGGAUUUGGGAUGGGGGCCGAGGUUGAGUCCAGAACAAAUUUUGGGGCAGGUUUUGGGGUUGCUCCUGAGCCGGGAUUUGGGACGGGCUUUGGGAUGGAAUUUGGGACGAGCU